ACCCGGAAGUACUCCUCCCAUCGGUGGCGGAGGAAGGAGACCGCAGAGCGCAGGAGUGUGAAGCUGGCAGUUGUGCACUGUUCAUAGUAUGCAGCGGUUAUUCUUACCGCCCUUGAAGGCCUUGAUGGGGAGCCCAUGUCUCCGGCUCCUGGUUCCUAGGGCCGCGCCUGCAACACAGUGUGGUUGCCGCUGUGGGAUCAGGCGCCCCUUGAGGCCAGGGCGAUACAGCACCAUCUCUGAAGUAGCUUUGCAACCUGGAAAGGGUACAGUAUCCCUUCCUUCAAAGGCUGCUGAGCGGGUGGUGGGCCGAUGGCUCCUGGUCUGCAGUGGAACAGUGGCUGGAGCAGUUAUUCUUGGUGGAGUAACGAGGUUAACAGAGUCUGGCCUCUCUAUGGUAGAUUGGCAUUUAAUAAAGGAGAUGAAGCCACCUGCAAGCCAAGAGGAAUGGGAAGCAGAAUUCCAAAAAUAUCAGCAGUUUCCAGAAUUUAAAAUCUUGAAUCAUGAUAUGACGUUGGCAGAAUUCAAGUUCAUCUGGUACAUGGAGUACUCACACCGAAUGUGGGGUCGUCUCGUAGGCCUCGCAUACAUCCUGCCUGCUGCCUACUUUUGGAGAAAGGGCUGGCUCACCCGUGGCCUGAAAGGACGUGUUCUUGCCCUCUGUGGUUUAGUUUGCUUCCAGGGCCUGUUGGGAUGGUAUAUGGUGAAAAGUGGAUUAGAAGAGAAACCAGAUUCCCAUGACAUCCCUCGAGUCAGUCAGUACCGCCUCGCUGCCCACCUUGGAUCAGCCCUUGUGCUUUAUUGUGCCAGCUUGUGGACCUCGCUGUCACUGCUGCUACCUCAGCACACGUUGCCUGAAACCCAUCAGCUUCUGCGGUUGAGACGAUUUGCUCAUGGAACUGCAGGCCUGGUGUUUCUUACGGCUCUCUCAGGGGCUUUUGUGGCAGGGCUGGAUGCUGGGCUUGUUUACAACUCCUUCCCCAAGAUGGGAGAAUCUUGGAUCCCAGAGGAUCUCUUUACUUUCUCCCCACUCCUGAAAAAUGUUUUCGAGAAUCCCACCACGGUGCAGUUUGAUCACCGGAUUCUGGGAAUCGCUUCAGUUACUGCCAUUACAGCACUCUACUUCCUCUCCCGGAGAAUUCCCCUUCCUCGAAGGACCAAGAUAGCAGCAGCAACUCUGCUAGCUUUGGCGUACACUCAGGUGGGCUUGGGCAUUAGCACUCUGCUGAUGUACGUCCCAACUCCUUUGGCUGCCACUCACCAGUCGGGCUCUCUGGCUCUGCUCAGUGUUGCCCUUUGGCUCAUGAAUGAACUCCGAAGAGUCCCAAAAUAAUUCUCAGAGGAUCAGCUUCCUAGGACUGAAACUGUGCUUUUGAGAGAUCAUCAGAGAGCACAAGAACCUCGACUUUUCUGAGAGGAUGACCUUGGCCUACCAAGUGGUUUCCAGAUUGAUCAAGUUGUUUAAAUUCUUUGCCUGUUUUUAGGAGUCACUGGAUCAAGACAGUCAUUAAGUGUGGUUAUGCUUAAGGUUCCUUUUUAAAUCUAUUACUUUUGUAUCCUAUGUUGAAAAUCAGAUUAAUUUAGAGAAAGAAUUGUCUGUCAUUUGCUUCUUAA